CUUGUCUCUGUUAUCUUUGUUUGGAGAAGGUUACAGAAGUAAACAUUGUUUACCUUCCCGCUUCGUGUUGUCCUUUGAACUGUUUCAUGAUAAACAAUAUAAGAUGACCAAUAGUAGAUUUUUAAGCCUUAAUAUUUUAAAUAAAUUUGCCAGAUCUCCUCACAAGGUGUUUUUUACUCCACACGAAUGCUUUUCAUCUGAUAAUGUUUAUGAAGACAAAAAAGAUGGAAAAAAUGUAAAAAAAAUGCUGGAAGAAGCUGCCACUUACGAAGAUGAACAACCUAAAGAUGAGGGGGAUGUUUGGUCAACUUCACCUUAUCCCAAAGGGGCAUCAGUAAGAAAUCAAGCUGAUCACUCAUUUCGCCCAAGAAUUAAUCCUAGUGAAACUAGCAUUAUUUUAUUUCCAGGUCAGGGGACCCAGUAUGUCGGGAUGAAUAAAGAUGUUAUAAAAUUCCCUCCUGCAAAAGAUUUAUUUGAUAUAGCUAGUUCAAUUUUGGGUUAUGACUUAAAUAAACUAUGUUUGCAAGGGCCUGCUGAAAAAUUGAAUAGAACUGAAUAUGCUCAGCCUGCUAUUCUUGUUUGUUCUUUGGCAGCCCUUGAAAGAUUAAAAGAAGAAAAACCACAGGCCAUUGAAAAUUGUAUAGCAACUGCUGGCUUCAGUCUUGGAGAAAUUUCAGCUCUAGUUUUAGCUGAAGUUCUCUCUUUUGAGAAAGCUGUGAAACUUGUAAAAAUAAGAGCCGAGGCGAUGGAGUUAGCUGCAGAAAUGGAGAAAGGGGCCAUGUUGACGGUUCUUUACGGUCCUGAUUCUAAGUUAAGCGAAGCUUGUAUAAAAGCAAAGGAACAUGCAGCAACAUCUGGGGUGACCAAAGCUUACUGUGGAGUUUCAAAUUAUUUAUUUCCCCACUGUAAGAUAGUUGGUGGUAAUGAAAAGGCUAUACAAUAUCUGGAAGAAAACAAAAGUCAAUUUAACCUAAGAAAGCUGAAGAGGCUUCCAGUUUCUGGAGCAUUUCAUACUCCAUUGAUGAUACCAGCUUCAGAAGUAUUUUACAAAGCAAUGAAGAAAGCUAAUUUAUCUGACCCUAUAAUAGCAGUUCAUUCAAACAUUGAUGGAAAACAUUAUGAGAAUGCUGAGCAUAUUAGAAGGGUCCUUGCUAAACAAAUAGUCGCACCAGUGAAAUGGGAACAAACCUUACAUAUCCUUUAUGAAAGACCCAAAGAUAUGCCGUUUCCAAAAACUUAUGAAUGUGGGCCAGGUAAUAGCUUAUCAACUAUUUUAAAAAUGGUUAAUGUAAAAGCCUGGCAGGAAUGUUUCAAUGUGAAAUCAUAGUUUGAUAUUAUUCUAAGCUUAAUUAAUAAUAUUUUAUUGAAAUUAAUUUAUUAUUAUCAGAAGAAGAAAAAUGAUGAUGAUUAUUAUUUUUAAUGAAGUUUUACAGAGGUUGUUGAAAUUAUGUACAUAGUAGUAAUUAAAUAAAUAUAUUGUUUUUCUUUUU